AUGGCCAACUCGGCGGACCGAGUCUUCCAUACUCUGGAGCUGGCUCAGCAAAUCAUCUUUGAGCUAGAACUCAAGGACUUCUUCAGAGCAUUAUUGAUCACAAAAGGACUUUGGGAAAGCCGUAUACCAAACCACGUUUGGGAGGAACAUCUUAUGCGUCUUGGAUACCCACUUCACACUAUUCGACAAACCCGUCAUUCGCUGAAGUCCUGUUAUAUGAGCAUAUCUCAAGCCGCCGAUGCCCUCAGUCACGGAGUCAUCCCCGGAUCGAACCUUAUGAGUUUGGAAGAUGAACUUGGAGGGAAUCACAGAUACGAAUACCAUUUUGAUGGCGACAUGGCAGCGCCACUCAUUAUUCAAUCGUCCCCGCCAGCCAAAGUGUCAGACAAGUGCAGCAUCUUUGCGAUAGAUAUCGAAGACUUACGCCUCUUAUUCACAGACAUAGAGAAUUUCCCCAGAAGCGUAGUGUUCAAUGGCACUGCUCUUCUAGGACUAGAUCACAGUGCUGGGGACAUAUAUACACCUCCCGUUGUUCUAUACAAUCUGGAUGACUGGUCUCUAGUAAACAAGUUUACAAUCACUCGUCCCAGCAACGAUGAGAACAUGAACUGGCUGAGAGACUACCAGCUCGAUAAUAAUUUCAUUGUAGUUACUUCCGUCAUCUUUAACCAGGCAGAGGAUCUGAUCCAGACUUCGUUCGAUGUUUGGGACGUUCAAGGAGCGAAACAUGGAGAAAUAAUUGUCCCUGAUGAACAAGGACAUGGGACCUGGAACGGAUGGAGUUGA